GACGGCAAGUUAGACGAUGACGAGGUGGAUACGCCCAGCAAUGGCGAAACUAAUAAUAUUUACGCAGUCAGCUAACUUAUCACUCACAAAGCUGCGGAGUAGAUCGAUUGGUGAUGUUAGGAGAAAGCCCUUGACCAGCUGGGACGAAUCAACGGGGGGCUUCCUGACAGGUGAAACAAACGGAUGUGGCGACCAAGCAGAGCGUGAGCCUGGGCAAAGGGCGGGGAACAACAAUGAGAGGGAUGAAGCGGACAAGGACAAACAGAACAGAACAGACGGAGAACGAGCUUGA